AUGAAGAGAGCCAUCGUAGGUAUACUCCUCAUUGUCCAGCUGUAUCUCCAAUGUACAGCAGGCACAGCUUUAAAUUUCCACUUGAGUGGGGUUGAGGAGCUGUAUGUGGAUUUCAACACAUCAUCUUUUAAUGGGAACAAUUAUGCUGCAUAUAAUCAAAGUUACUAUGCCCCUAGUGCAGCAGUAUAUGCUCCUAACAUAAACACAGCAAGUUAUGUAACUUACCCAGAAUAUAUUACCAAAGCUGCUACAUCUAUAGAUGUACUCGAUAUCUACGAUACAGCCAACUCCCCAUACACUGGAGAAGCUAAGCUUCAUGUGGAAACCAUUGUCGAGCAACAUGACACCUCUGCCAACCCAGACAAGGUACAGUUAUCCCUGUGGGUAUACAAUACUGUAAACAACACUGUGGCUUACAGUGUAGCAGUCGAAGUGGACCUCUCUGGAGGACUAGAUGUGGAUUAUGAUGUGUCCACCUUCCUCAUUAAUGGUUCUGGUAGCACCUUCAGUUCUGUGAUCACUGUCAAUAGCAAGCAGAAAUUUACAUGGAGUCCUGGAGAUAUUGCAGGUUUAGAAGGACAAACACUGCAGUUUAUUGCUACGCCAUCUGGUAGUGUUGGACGAGAUCUUGCUGUGGGAGCCAAUCUUUUCUCCUCCAGUAUUUCCUACUAUCUGAAUGCCACAGAGAUGGCGGGUCCAAUAACCAUGCAAGUUUGUUUGAGCCGUGAGGAUGUUGUUACUGAUAGUGUCCUGUAUAAACAUGGCCUCACAGCUCUUACCUUCUUUAUGGCACUCAUUUUGGGAGUGAUCAUUGUUAUUGUAGGAGUAAUUCUCUACCGAUUCAUUUCUAAUCGUAAAAGAUCCAGAACUGUGCACGUCAAGGAGCAUGAUGUCAUAAUGCAUGAGAAAGGAAAUCGUCUUGUGAUGGAUUAUGGGAAGGCUAUAACAAAGAAAGGACACACCAUUACAGACUACAGCUUGGUGGACGAGAAUGAGAGUCUAGUUGGAAUUUUGGCUAUGAAAGAUCCUCUUCAACGUCAUCGAGAAAUUGACAAUUUGGACAUCGCAGCCACCGUAGCUGUAGAUGAGAAUCUGGAGGAUCAGAGAAAUGAAUCAUCAGAGGUAGUCACUACCAUGUAUGUUCAAGUCAUGAAACAAAAUGGUGAUAUCUCUCAGGCAACAGAGGAUAACGUACUCCAGAAACAUCGCAUGAGAAAGGGUGUGCUCCGUAAAAGUCUGGAUGAUGAAUACCAAGGAGAAAAGAGAAAGCUUCUCAAGAAACUUUCUGCAAAAAACAAGGCCAAGAUGUCAAGGCUUCACCAGAAACAGAAAGUGGAAAAGAGGAAGCUAAUUAGUGACAUGACUGAUAUAGGAGAUGAGGAGAGGAAACAGUUGCUGGACAUGAUGGAUAAGGAACAACAAACAGAACAAGAGGAACAAACAUUCCAUCUGAAGCUGGAACAGGAUGAAGAGAUGGAAAAUCUCAGAAAGGAAUUUGUUGCCCGUGAGAGGAUCAAUCAAAAAGAGCUCCACCAAAACAUGUUAAAGGACCUGGAAGUGGAUGGUAAUCUGAAUGAUGAGAAGGUUCAAUGGCUGCUCAAUGAACACAAGGAAUCACAGAAACGUCUUGAACAUGUUUAUGAUGAUGAAAUCUCAAAACAAAGGAUGCACCUCGAGGAGAAACUUGAAAGAAGACGGGGCCUGUCUAAACUUAGUGAACAAAAAGAAGAUGACAUGAGAGACACUUUGAAUUUCCUAGCAUCCAAUAUGAACGACUUCAUCAAAAAAGCCAAGAAGGAUGAUAUUCUGGAGGCAGAUGAAGCAAAAGAAAUGUUUGAGAAGACCAAGAAAGACAUGAUUGCCCUUAAAGAACAAAUGGACAAGAACCGCCGCAAACAAGAGGAUGAUCUUCACAAAAAACUCAGCAACCUGAAAAGGCAACGAAUGCUUAAUCUGCAAAAACAGCAGGACACAGAGCUACAAAACUACAUAAAGUCUCAUUCUGUCCAGACAGAUGGCCCAGUGGAUCCAUUGUCAUUGGUGGAAGGCAAGCUCCAACUUCAGUCAAAACACAGAGAUGAGGCAUUCAAACUUAGCAACCAGUUGGAUGAGGAACAUGCUCAUGACCUUGCAGCUCUACGUGAGGAAAUUUCCUGUCAGACCGAAGAGGAUCUUAGUAAUUUACAGAAACAGCUCAUUAACAACCUUAAAACCAAAGGAUUUUCUGAGGACACUGCACGGUUGUUAAUCAAGAAACAUCGAGAUUCAAUGGCAAAGUUACAGGAUUCCCAGGAGGCUAAUCUUCAUAAUCAAAUGGUCAACAUACAGGAGAGGCUCCAAAGAAAUCGGGCUGACCUUGAAAUGAGGAAAGCACAAGAGAAACAAGAACAGGCACUACUUCGGGACAGGGAGGAGAAACUAGUCAAUAACCUGAUCACAGGACAGAUGGUGAUGUCUGAUGAAGAAAGGGACAGGAUUCUACAGGAGCAUGAGAAACAGAUGGUCAAACUAGAGAACAAUCUCACUUUGAAUAAACUUCGACAAAAGAGGAUGUUAGAGGAAAAGCUAAUGGAGAAACGGGAUAGACAGAUGCACAAAUUACAGGAAAAACAGCUGCAGCAGACACAGGCACAGAAACGAAAACAUGAAAACAACGCCGAGGAAUCAGACGAAGAAAGCCGCAAAGAAAAGACAGACUUACUUAAAGUUCAGUUUGAACAAAGGAUGGCAAUAUUACAUGGACAGAAACUGAACCUGGAAGAUGAAAUGGAAAAUGUUCGUGUGGAGAUGUUGAAGCAGCGUGCCUUAGCCUUGAAGGAUCAGGAAGAAAGACUUGGUGGUAUGGUAGCAGCAAUGCAAGUAUCAAAGGCACAUGAACUUUCUAAAAUUCAGGAACAGCAAAAGGCCAUAAACAACCUUAAGAUGAACCUGAUGGAUGACUUGAAUGAGAGAGGUGUGCUAGACAACAAGGAAUGUCACGAAAUCAUUGAUCGAUACCGAGAGGAGCAAGACAAACUACAACAGACUUUGGCAGCUAAACAGAAGCAGCAUGAACAGGCCCUGGAGAAACGAUUAAAGCUACGUCUGAAGCAGAGAAAAAAAGCACUAGAGGAGACACAGUAUAAGGAACUCCAGGAGAUUAUAGACCAGACUAAAAAUAAUGUUACUAAAAAGAUCAAGACAGCCCUGCUACGGCAUAAACAGAUGGUUGAGAUGAAGCAGAUGAGGUACCGUAUUGACAGAGAAAUAUCUCAAACACUCCAUGAAACACAGAGGUUGUUUGAGAUUGAAAGGAUGCAGAAGAUUCAGGAACAGGAACUUCUGGUGAUAUCCCGUCUGAUAAGUAUCGGUGGAUUUGGGAAGGAGGACCUGACUAAUGUACUACGGACAUUAUUCCCAUCAAAGACAGAAGAGGACAUCAACACAAUUCUAAGUAAAAUCUAUGACCCACAGAAGAUGCAGACAGUACCUGUAUCUAAGGAGAGAGAUGCCAAUGCCAGUGUUAAAUCUAAAGUGAGUUUGACAGCAAGAGUGAAGGAGUUUUCUCGCCGUGAAUCGCUGGCUGAGAUGCAAGCCAUGGUUCAGCCCUCAACUCCACAACGCUCUAAGAAAGGAAAAUCCAAGCAAAAGUUUGUGGAACGAUUGGAUGAAGAGGAACCUGUUCCUUAUCCUUCCUAUUCACGUCCAGACCCUAUAGGGGAGGUACGAGACAUGCGUAAGCAAAAUGAUGACGAGUUUAUGGAAGCCAGACAUAUCAACUCAGACUACCUACAGGCUCAGCCUCUCAACAAACCUCAGUUACCUCCCCUUGAAUCACCUCAAGAAAGCGGUGGCAGGAAAAAGAAAAAGAAGAAAUUAUUGAAAAAAAUGGCAAAACCAAAACAGGGUUAUGACGAUGAUGAUGACAUUUUGUGA